AAAAUUAUUGUUAUUAUUUUAAUUAUAAAUUAAAGUAAUUAAUAGUAAUAAUAAUUAAUAAUAAUGAUAAUUAAUUAGCUUCCAGUAAAAAUAAAAAAAAAUGUAUUUUUUUUAAAAAAGUCAAUAAUAGUUUUAAGUCAGUAGUGAAAUUGAGGUUAUAAAAUAAUAAACAAAGUGAUAAAUUUUAUUUAAAAAUAUAAAUAAAGUAAAAAUGAUUACACUGAAACAAUUAUUGUAUUGUACAUUAGCGGGAGGAAUUCGUUUAAUUUUAAUGAAUUCGGAGUUACAAAAAAUAAUAAGCGAUCGAGUUGAAAUAUCAACGGCAUUAAAUUCAUGGAAAAGAGUUACCGAAGGAGUGCACUUACAUAAUUUUGGAAUCGAUCCUUACAGCGGCGAUUUAUUUCACGAAACACCGAUCGGACUUGUGUUCUUUACUUGGGUCCAUAAAUAUUUGUCACUGUGGUCAUUGAGAAUUUUAUUUAUCGUUGGGGAUUUACUGACCAGUUGGUUUUUGUAUGCAACGGCGUGUAAUUACGUCAAAGAAGUGGCGAAGAGAGAAAAAGAAGAAGUAAAAGUUUCAAAAAAUUCAACAGACGAAUUAUCGUACACUCCAAUAUCAAAAACCGCAAAAUCAUCAAUAAUUUACGUACCCGCCGCGUAUCUUUUUAAUCCUUACAUUGUUUUAAACUGCGUCGCAUUAACAACAACAGUAUUUUCAAAUCUGCUUACCUCCCUAGCUCUCUAUUUUAUGAUAAAAAAAUAUAAAGUAGCGACAUGCUUAACAAUCGCCCUGCUGACGCUACAAAAUUUAUAUCCCGCGUCAUUGAUGGUUGCCGCGACGAUAUUUGUUGCCAAAGAUGCCAAGUCAAACCGUCAAAUAUUCCAAAUUAUUUUAUUAAUGGUAACACUAUUCGAAACAUUCUUAGCAUCAUUUAUUUAUUUAUCUUAUUACAUUAUGGGCAAUUGGAAUUUCGUUAAAAAUACAACCGGAUUCAUAUUAAUGGUUCCCGAUUUACGUCCAAAUAUUGGAUUGUACUGGUACUUUUUUACUGAAAUGUUUGAACAUUUUCGUGGUUUAUUUAUCGCAUCAUUCCAAAUAAACGUCGGUUUAUUGUACGUCGUACCAUUGGCAUUAAGAUUACGCAAUGAUCCGAUGUUAUUGUCAUUUGCAUAUUUAGCAAUAAUUGCUAUUUUCAAAUCCUAUCCCAGUCUUGGAGAUGUUGGAUUUUAUAUGGCGCUGUUACCAAUGUGGCAACAUUUAUUCCGACAUAUGCAGCAAGGAUUCAUCGUCGGAUGUUUCGUGCUUUUUUGUACAGUAUUUGCUCCGACUGUAUGGCACCAAUGGAUUUACUCAUGUUCAGCGAAUGCUAAUUUUUAUUUUGGCGUAACACUGGCAUUUGCAAUCGCGCAAAUAUUUUUACUUACUGAUGUAUUGUUUGCUAGCGUCAAACGCGAACUCGCAUUACGAAGUGGACUUCAUAAUGAAAUAAACGGCAACAAAGCUAAACUUGUAUUAGAAUAAUUAUUUAAAACAAUGAUUACAAUAAUCCAUUUUUUUUUACUGUAAAU